AUGUGAAGACGGUCCAGAAGUAUAUCCACCUUUUUAUCCUCAAAACAAAAAUAUUUCAAAAACAUCUGCAAAAUAUAUUAUUGAGCCAAACGAAAAUUUCCAAAGAGAAAGCAACUGCAAAUAAGCCAAAAAUCUAAAGGAAGGGCUGUAAUGCCGUACAUUGAUGAUUCCGAUAGCCAAAUUGACGAUGGCUGGAAUAAAGGAUGUAUUCAUUUAUUAAAUUAUUAUAGAGAAGCUCCCGGACAGCCUACUAAUGGCUUUUCACAUCCUAGCUUUGAGCCACCACUUUUCUCGCAUCUCAUUACACACUCUAAGGCUUGUGCUGCUCCCUCCAGACAAGGGCCUACACUUGUUACCCGGAUAAAGACUCUGGGUUACUGUGCACAGUAAGUCGAUGGGGUUACCUUUCCAAAAAUUCAAAAAGUGAAUUUUCUGGUCGGUAGCCCAGGGUGAAACUCCAGGUAUCGAGCUGGGACAAUACCCGAUUGGUUGAUCAGACGUCCUCCUUUCUUGCUGGGUUAUUCAUUUCCAAAUUCCAAGUUCCACCUCUCUCGAGGUAAGAUUAAGAUUUUCUUUUUGCCUAGCAGGUACCGGGGAUUUUCACCCUACACGCAAGUCCUAUGGAUUAGCUAUAUGGAGGCCGAGUAAAAUCUAGCCCAACAUACAUAAAGGAUUUCCGACCCCUUUCCACCUGAAUCCCCAUCACUGGGCCGCUGCCUUCGAGUGUUGAGGAAAUAGGGUUGAGAGGUCGAAAGGCAAGUCCCAUUUUUAUAUAUACCCUCUCUCGCAGUAAAACCUUGCUCUUGAAGCGAGUUUGCGGUUGGCCAACUCACCAUUGCGCUCCAGUAGACCAAGAGAAACCUGGCGAGGCACACAUACCGAACGCUGCUCUCCCUUCCACAAGCUCAUGAGGCUCCCACCUGGCUAUUGGAAUUAAGGAUGCAAUUUAGUACAUGCAGAAACCAUUCGAGAAAAUCCUGAAAAUAGCCUGCUAAAUAUAAUAAAUCGCAGCAAAACAGCAACGGAGAGACAAGAAAAUGCAAGACAAAAUAGAGUAAGAAUCGCUAAAUGCAAAAAAUCAAAAGACUUUCUUACAUAG